UUAAGUCUUAUGUAACCCUCUUGGCAGUUGCUGAGUUUUUCAAUACAUCGCAAAUCAUAAUCCCUCGUGUUUGUUCUUUUACACUUAUCAAAGCUUAUAGCAUAGCAAAAUUGUAAUGGGCAAUUACUUUCUCAAAAUCUUGCUUGCUGUGUUAGUGUGUUUUUCACAAACUCAGGUAUCCAUUCUUGGAUUCCUCUCACCAUCACAGAGCUCACAUGUGAAAUGCAUAGAGAAGGAGAGACAAGCACUCCUCAACUUCAAACAUGGCAUCCUAGAUGAGUAUGGCAUGCUGUCUACAUGGAGGGAGGAUGACAAUAACAGAGAUUGUUGCAAAUGGAGAGGCAUUCAAUGCAACAAUGCAACAGGUCAUGUACACAUCCUUCAUCUCCGUGGUUCUGAUACACAACAUUUGACAGGUGCAAUCAACUUCACUUCAUUGAUUGACUUGCAAAAUAUUCAGCAUUUGGAUCUCAGCUACAAUGAAUUUCAAGGGAGUUACAUCCCUAAACUCAUUGGCUCCUUCACCAACUUAAGAUAUCUCAAUCUAUCAUGGUCGGGUUUUGCUGGGAGGAUUCCUCAUAAGUUGGGAAAUCUCUCAAAGUUGGAGUACCUUGAUCUUAAAGAAAAUUCUCUCUAUGGAACAAUCCCUUCUCAAUUAGGACAGCUUACAAGUUUACAAUAUCUAGAUCUGACUGAAAAUUAUGAUAUCUAUGGAGAAAUCCCUUAUCAACUUGGAAAUCUCUCACAUUUGAGGUAUCUUGAUCUUUCCGGAACUUCCCUUUCCGGAACAAUCCCUUUCCAUGUUGGGAAUCUUCCAAUCUUGCAUACUCUUAGACUUGUUGGCAAUUUUGAGCUUACAAUCACUGAUACAAAGUGGUUGUCUUCUCUCUCUUCAUUAACAACUCUAGGCCUAAGUUCAUUGCCUAAUCUUGGGUCCUCUCGUCAAUGGAUACAAAUGAUUAGUAAGCUUAUCCCAAAUUUAAGAGAGUUGAGGCUGUCUAGUUGUAGUCUUUCUGAUGAUAAUAUUUCAUCUUUAUUUCCUUCUCAUUCCAACCUUUCCUCUUCUCUUUCCAUUCUUGAUCUCUCUGAUAAUAUGCUCACAUCAUCAACAUUUCAGUUGUUGUUCAACCACAGCCUUAAUCUCCAAGAGCUUUAUCUGUCUCAUAAUAAUAUUGUUUUGUCGUCUCUUCACUAUCCAAGCUUUCCUUCUAUAUUGACGAUUGACCUCUCUUAUAAUAAUCUGACAUCGUUAAUAUUUGAAGGAAAUUUCAACUUCAGCUCCAAAAUACAAGAACUUUAUCUAAGCAACUGCGGUCUUACCGAUGAAAGUUUUCUUGUGCCAUCUGCUUCCAUUAAGGAUUUCUCAUCUUCUCUUGUCACCCUUGAUCUCUCCGAUAACCUAUUAAAGUCAUUGUCUGUAUUUCACUGGAUUUUCAACUUUACCUCCAAUCUUCGUAGCCUUAACCUUCUGGAGAACUUGUUAGAAGGUCUCAUUCCAGAUGGAUUUGGGAAAGUAAUGAAGUCUCUUGAAGUUCUGGUCCUUGAAUCUAACAAACUGCAAGGUGAGAUUCCAGCUUCUCUUUGGAAUAUAUUCACAUUGCAGAAAUUAUUCCUAAAAAAGAACAACUUGAGCGGAGAAAUUUCUACCAUCAUUCAAAAUUCUUCACAGUGCAACAGACAUGUAUUUCAGACUCUCGAUCUAUCUUAUAACCAGAUUACUGGAAUGCUACCUAAUCUUUCAAAUUUUACAUCUUUGAGGAUGUUAGAUCUUUCCUAUAACCAGUUUACUGGAGAAAUACCAAAAAUCAUUGGGUUGCUUGAUGAGUUGGUGUGUCUUCGCUUGGGGGGGAAUCACUUGGAGGGUGAUAUCAAUGAAUUGCAUCUAAAAAAUUUGUCCAAAUUGAUGGAGUUAGAUUUAACAGAUAGCUCGUUGUCUGUAAAGUUUGAUACAACCUGGGUUCCACCUUUCCAAUUAUAUAAUUUGGGGCUAGCUUCUUGCAAGUUGGGUCCUAGAUUCCCAAGUUGGCUCCACAAUCAAAGAUACUUAAGCUUUCUAGAUAUUUCUGAUGCUGGGAUUGAUGACUUUAUACCGGAGUGGUUUUGGAGCAAGUUACAAUCUAUAAGUGAGCUGAAUAUGUCUUGCAACAGUCUCAAAGGUACAAUUCCGAAUUUGCCAAUCAAGCUUACUGAUGAUGGUUAUAAUAUUAUAAUUCUAGGAUCAAAUCAACUUGAAGGUGAAAUUCCAACUUUUUUAUCACAAGCCCAUGCAUUGGAUCUUUCCAAAAACAAGAUUUCGGAUUUCAAUUCAUUCUUGUGCAUGGAAAGCGCAACCACAAAAAUGCAUACUUUGGUUUUAUCAAAUAAUCAAAUAAGGGGACAACUGCCCAACUGUUGGAAACAUCUAAAAAAUUCACUAGAAUAUCUUGAUGUAAGCAAUAAUAAAUUGUCAGGGAAGAUUCCAAAGUCCAUGGGUACUCUUGUUCAUUUGCAAGCUUUAGUCUUACGAAACAACAACUUAACCGGAGGCCUACCAUUCACAUUGAAGAACUGCACUGAUUUAGUCAUAUUAGAUGUGAGUGAAAACUUUUUGUUUGGUCCAAUACCCUCGUGGAUAGGAGAAAAUCUACAAAAAUUGAAAAUCUUGAGCUUGAGAGUAAAUCGCUUCUUCAGAAGUGUUCCUGUAAACCUAUGUUAUUUGAGCCAAAUUCAUUUCUUGGACCUUUCAAGGAAUAAUUUGUCGGGAGGAAUUCCUACAUGUCUCGGGAAUUUUACUGCAAUGAUGGAAAGGGAAAUAACAACAAGUGGAAUUGUAAAGGGUCGAAAAAUAACAUCUACAGAGGCAUAUUUUUCUAUUUACGACUCUAACGUGUUAUUGACGUGGAAAAGUCAGGAUUAUGUGUUUUGGAAUCCCGAUAUUCUUUUAAAAAGCAUUGAUCUCUCGAGUAAUGAUUUAACAGGUACAAUACCGAAAGAGAUUGGAUAUUUAGUUGGAUUGGUUUCUUUGAAUCUAUCAAGAAACAAAUUAGAUGGAGAAAUUCCUACCGAGAUCGGGAAUUUAAGUUGGCUAGAUUUUAUAGACUUGUCAAGAAACGAAUUCUUUGGCAAAAUUCCAUUUACUCUUUCCAAAAUUGAUAGGCUUGGUGUGUUAGACUUAUCCAACAAUGAUCUCAGUGGAAGAAUCCCAUGGGAAGGACAUUUGGAAACAUUUGAUGCCUCUAGUUUUGAAGGAAAUGUUGAGCUUUGUGGUGAACCACUCAACAAAAGCUGCCCUGGAGACAAGACAACAGCAAAGCCUCAAGAACAAACAGUCCGUGGUGAAGAAGAUAAUUCAGUUUUCAUUGAAGCAUUAUACAUGAGUUUGGGGUUAGGAUUCUUUGCAGGCUUUUGGGGAUUAUUAGGGCCAAUAAUACUUUGGCAACCAUGGAGAAUUGCUUACCUAAGGAUCUUAAACAGAGUGACAGACUAUAUACUUGUAACAGUUGAACUGAAUAUAGCCAAGUGUUGUAGAUGGCUCGAAAGCUAUCAGUAGCAGUUUGUACCAGGUUAGCUUCAAUUUGGAAUGAAAGCUUCGAGGAGUGUUAGAUGUGUAAAAUUUCUGUUUCAAGAAACUUGCAGAUUUGAUUGUCUUUUGUUGUAUGGUCUAUAUGUAAUGUUAUUUUAUUUUAUUUUUAAGCCACGACUAUUAAUAUCUAAAAUGUGAAGUUUUUGUGUUUUAUUUUGAAUAAUGAUGCUGCUAGUAGUAUACAGCGUCCAUUAACUUUGAACUUAAUAUUUAUUUUCAUA